CUCUUUUUCUGCGCAUCAAGAUUCGAUCUUGCCAAAUAUUCAGCUUAUUCUCAGUCGCAAUUUACUAGCAAUGAUUCCCUCCAGGAUCCUUCGACGCAGCGGGCCCCUCUACAGUACAGUUAGAAGAGCGUCGAGUUUUCCCGCCCGCAUCAAGCCCUCCAAGGCAGAGGUAGAGCAAGGCCGCCUGAAGCCCCAGAAUCUGGAGAUCGCGAUCCGCAGUCUCCAUCAUGACGGAAUUGUCGUGGUUGAGGAUGCCAUUCCUCACGACAGUCUGAAUCGAUUGAAUGAGAAAAUGGUCCGGGAUGUGAUCACCCUGCAGAACAAAAAGGAGGACAGUCCGUACAACUAUAACCCGGGGAACAUUCAGCAAGAUCCGCCUCCAAUCCGCGAGUAUUUCGAGAAAAGCAUCUUCCUGAACCCGCUCGCCCUCCAAAUCACAUCCACCGCUUUAGGUCCCCGUCCCAAAUGGACCUUUUGCUCGGGCAACUCCGCCAUGCCACCGACAGCCGAACAUCCACCCAUGUCCCAGCCCGUACACUCCGACGCCGAUUUCGAUCACCCAAAACAUCCCUUUGCCUACGUGGUCAAUGUCCCGCUGAUUACGAUGACACCUGAGAACGGAUCCACUGAGGUCUGGGCGGGCACACAUACGGAUUCGGGCCUGCAUGUCCAGGAAGGUAUGCAUGGCGAGCGUGCGAGCGGACGAAUCAAGCUUGGGGAGCUGGAGAAGCGACGCGCCGUUCGGCCGCCGUGUCAGCCAGUCGUGCCUAAGGGGUCGUUUGUUCUGCGUGAUCUUAGGCUGUGGCAUGCUGGGGUGGGGAACCAAACUGAUGAGGUUCGGAUCAUGCUGGCCAUGAUUCAUUUCGCGCCAUGGUAUAGGAAUCCUAUGAAGUUGGAGAUGGCGGAUGACUUGAAGCCGCUUGUUGAAGGCGAGAAGGGCUUGGACAUACCCGUGGAUUGGGUGAGUAAGGAGGAGGCUUUGUCUAGAUAUUUGAACCGUGGCUUUGGCAACGCGUAUGACUUUAGCCAAGGAAAUGGUGAAUGA